UCCACCUCAAAAGUCAAAAGCAUAUUUGCCUACUGUUUUGAGUUGACGAGACCCAAUCAAGUGAUCAUUACAAGCUUUCUGCAAAUCUAUCAAUGCAAAAUCAUGUUUCAGUACAUAUGAUUCUCCAAAUAUUAUGCUCUUCAAUUGGUUCUCUUGCCUAAGCAUCUUCCCACUUCAUGUAAUGUGUACAAUCGAAUACAUUCCACAUUACUUUUCCAUUUGUUGAUCAUAAAGAGCAAAAGCACACCAGGAACGAAAGGAUGAUCUGCUUUUCUCCUUUUCAUAAAAUUUAAACACAACCACUGAUGCUGGAACAGCUGGGUUAUAAGUUUUUCCAAAUCGCUGACAGAAAAUUUCAAAAACUCUUCCUGUGCCUACUUAAAUCUCCUAUCAAUGGAUGCCGAUUCAAGUAAAUGCAGAUGGGCAAGAAAAAUACACUGGCUCUUCAUUAUUACUCUCUUUGUAACUCAAUACCAUUUAUACAUCUCUGUAGUGUAUGUUGCAUCCACAACUGAUGUGCAUAUUGUCUAUAUGGGAGAAAAGCAACAUGAGGAUCCAGCAAUUAUCAGGAAAUCACACCACAAGACGUUAUCAGCCUUGCUUGGAAGCAAAGAAGCUGCCAGGAGUUCAAUUCUUUACAGCUAUAAGCAUGGGUUUUCCGGGUUUGCAGCAAGGCUGACAAAGUCUCAAUCAGAAGAGAUUGCAGACUUCCCUGGCGUUGUCCAAGUGUUCCCAAAUCGCAUUCACAAGCUCCAUACAACCCGAAGCUGGGAUUUUCUUGGACUUGGUCAUCAUUCUCCAAAAAAAAAAUUAACAAAGAGCAAUGAGGGUGAAGGAACGAUCAUUGGUGUGAUAGAUUCAGGAGUCUGGCCUGAGUCUGAAAGUUUCAAAGACGAAGACAUGGGUCCAAUUCCGUCAUAUUGGAAAGGUAUUUGCCAGAAUGGAGAGCGCUUCAACUACACCAACUGCAAUAACAAACUGAUUGGAGCUCGCUGGUUCAUAAAAGGUCUUAUCAAUCAACUCAAAAUGCCCAUCAACAAAAUUGGUAGCAUUGAGUUCCUCUCACCAAGGGAUGGAAUGGGUCAUGGUACUCAUACAGCUUCAACGGCAGCAGGCAGAUUUGUAGAUAAAGCAAGUUAUAGAGGACUAGCUGCAGGUACAGCCAGAGGAGGUGCACCGCUUGCUCACUUGGCAAUCUACAAGGCUUGCUGGGACAUUGAGUAUGUAGGAUGCACAGACGCUGACAUACUAAAGGCAUUUGAUGAAGCUAUACAUGAUGGAGUGGACAUCCUAUCUAUGUCACUUGGCCAUGCCAUUCCCUUAUUUUCCUAUGUUGAUCAACGUGACUCAAUGGCAAUCGGUUCCUUCCAUGCAAUUACAAAGGGGAUUACUGUGGUUUGUUCCGGAGGAAAUAAUGGCCCUAUCUCAGGGACAAUUGAGAAUGCUGCACCCUGGCUCAUCACGGUGGUGGCCACCACCAUUGACAGGGCCUUCCCAACAGCCAUGACACUUGGAAACAACCGCACUCUUAAUUCUUGUUUUUUGCAGGGCCAAUCUCUUGAUACAGGAAAACACACUAAUGGAUUUAUCAGCCUAGUAUACUCAGAACGCAUAGCUGUGGACUCUACAGAUUAUUCAGCCAAGGAUUGCCAGUUUGGAAGUCUCAAUAAAACAUUAGCAGCUGGAAAAGUUGUCCUCUGUUUCUCAAUUCCAGAUAGACCGGAUAUUUUUUCUGCGUCAACUGCUGUGGCUAAAGCAGGAGGUGUUGCACUCAUAUAUGCACAGUUGCACGAUAACCAGAUUGACACAUGUGAUGUAAUCCCUUGCAUUAAAGUAGAUUAUGAAGUAGGAACACAACUACUAUCCUACAUCAGAAAAGCAAGGUCUCCAACAGUGAAGCUGAGUUUUCCCAAGACUGCCAUUGGGGGAAUGGCAUCUCCACAAGUUGCGUACUUCUCAUCAAGAGGACCUAGUUCCAUGUCUCCAUCUGUAUUAAAGCAGCCAGACAUAGCAGCACCGGGAGUGAACAUCUUAGCUGCAUAUCCACCAGAGAAUACAGAAAACAGUAACGGAUAUGCAAUCCUAUCAGGAACUUCAAUGGCAUGUCCUCACGUGACUGGAAUCGCAGCUCUCAUAAAAUCUGUACACCGAGAUUGGUCUCCUGCAGCCAUAAGAUCAGCCCUUGUCACUACUGCAUCACAAACAGGAACAGAUGGAACGGACAUAACUGAGCAGGGCUCUACUCGCAAGGCAGCUGAUCCAUUUGACAUUGGCGGUGGGCAUGUCAAUCCCAACAGAGCAGUAAAUCCAGGGCUAAUAUACAAUAUCAGCACACAAGACUACAUUCAGUUCCUUUGCUCCAUGGGCUACAGCAACAUAUCUAUUACCAGAUUAACAAAGACCACAACCAAUUGCAUGAAAAACAACUACUUUAGGUUGAACCUUAACCUGCCUUCUAUCACCAUUCCGAACCUUAAAAAGAUAGUGACAGUCUUGAGAAGUGUGACAAAUGUGGGACACACUAAUUCAGUGUACAAAGCCAUAACACAGGCUCCAUAUGGUGUUAAAAUGGUGGUUGAACCUCAAAUUCUGCGUUUCAAUUCAACCAUCCCAGUUCUUCCUUUUAAAGUUUCCUUCUUCUCAACUCAGAAGAUGCAAGGGGGUUACAAAUUUGGAAGCCUAAUCUGGACAGAUGGCGAACAUUUCGUAAGGAGUCCCAUAUCCAUACGGGUGAUCAAAUUUGAUUCGUAUACAGAUGUUUGAAGUGCAGAGCUUCCGGAUUCAAAAUAAUUAUAUAAAAACAUGGAUUGGGAAAAUCAGCAUUAAUAAUUGGAAUUUUAAAGAAUGUUCUGAUGGAGAAAGCUAGUUCAAUGUCACUAUAAAAUGCUUACAUUAUUAUUUCGCAUUCAUAUUCAAUUAGCUUUCUUUGCAGAAAAUUUUGGAAUCAGACACAAGCUUGUUUAUUGAGUGAAAAAAAGGGUAAUUUCAAUUUUA